AUGCAGGUGAAACAUUACAAGACGUUAAUGGCCUCUCAGCAAGGCUUUGCCCGCACACAAGCUAUUUGUUGGUCUCCAAAUAAUAAACGAGUGGCGGUUGCAGAUAGCAGUCGUAUGGUAAACCUUUAUGAUGAGUUUGGUGAACGUCGGGAUAAGUUUCCAACCAAAGCGGCAGAUGGUAAGAAUGGAAGAUCCUAUGUUAUUAGCGGAAUGGUAUUUUCUCCUGAUAGCUCUAAAAUUGCCGUGGGACAAUCUGAUGGAAUGGUGGCAAUUUACCGUAUUGGUAUUGAAUGGGGUGAAAAGAAAGCUAUUUGCAGUAAAUUCCCACAAACCACUGCUGUUACUUGUGUUUGUUGGCCUAAUACUUCACAAGGCGUUGAAUUGGUGGUGUUUGGAACACUUGAGGGUAAAGUAAAGGUGGGAAUUUUAAAGGCGAAUAAGUCUCAAUCCCUUUAUGCACAUGAACACCCAGUUGUUUCUAUUGCAAGCAGUACAGAUGGACAAAAAAUUAUUUCUGGUCACCUGGAUGGUUCUGUUUAUCAAUAUACCUUUGAAUCUGAAGAAACCAAUGAAGUAUCUGGAUCUAAAAAGAUUUUUAAUCAUAGCUGUACACCAUACGUAUUAUUAUGGGGAGAACAUAUUUGUGCAGCCGGACAAAAUGGUCAUAUUACUUUUUAUGAACGUAAUGGACAAAAAUCUCAAGAUUUUGAUUAUAAAUUGGAAGAAGAAGGAGAUUUUACGGUGGGAUGUUUUAAUCCUAGUGGACAAAGUUUGGCUAUUGCAAGUACUGAAAAGUUUCGUCUACUAGAUUUUAAUCUUCGCUCACGCAAAUGGGAGGAAGGUGUUAUUGUAAAACUUCCCAAUUCCUGCAGUUUUUCUGCCAUGGCAUGGAAAUAUGAUGGAAGCCGUAUUGUAACCGGAACUCUUACAGGAGCUGUGGAUAUGUUUGAUACGUGUUUAAAAAGAUACCGACUUCGUGGUGCUUUUGAAUUUACAUAUGUAAGUCAUAAUCAAGUAAUUGUAAAACGAUUAGCAACAGGAACUAGAAUUGUUUUACGUUCAAACUUGGGAUAUGAAGUUCAACGUGUGAAUGUUUAUCAAGAUCGUUAUUUGGUAGCAUAUACAUCUACUACACUUCUUGUAGGUGAUCUUGUCUCAUGCAAGUUAUCUGAAGUUCCUUGGCAACUUUCAGGUCGUGAAAAAUUUGUUUUUGAUAAUCCACAAGUUUGUAUGGUUUUUGCAGCUGGUGAACUUUGUUUAAUUGAGUAUGGAAAGAAUGAACUUCUUGGUACUUGUCGUACAGAAGAACGUAAUGCUCAUCGUAUUUCUGUUCGUAUUCAUGAAUCACCAGGAUCUGGAGAUAAUAAUGAAAAACGUGAACGUAAAUUUAUUGCUUAUCUUAUUGACAGACAAACCAUUCAAAUUGAUGAUUUGGGAAGCGGUAUUUCCGUUGCACGAAUAUCACAUCAAUCUCGAAUUGAUUGGCUUGAAUUAAAUUACCGUGCCAAUAAAUUACUUUUCCGUGAUAAACAACAUCAAUUAUUUCUUUAUGAUUUAGAAGAACAAAGUCGUACCACAUUAUUAAAUUACUGUACAUAUGUUCAAUGGGUACCUGGUAGUGAUGUUGUGGUGGCACAGAAUCGAGUAGAAUUAUGUGUUUGGUACAGUAUUGAUGCUCCUGAUCGCGUUGCGGUGGUUCCUAUUAAAGGAGAAGUGGAAGGUAUUGAACGUGGUAAUGGAAAGACAGAAGUCAUUGUGGAUGAAGGUGUAAAUACCGUCGCUUAUGGACUAGAUGAAGCCCUUAUUGAGUUUGGUACCACCAUGGAAGAUCAUGAUUACAAUAGAGCUUGUGAUUUAUUAGAUCAAAUAGCUCUUACACCUGAAACAGAAGCAAUGUGGGCUAAUUUAGCUAAUUUAGCUCUUCAAGAAAUGAAAUUACAUAUUGCUCAACGUUGUUAUGCUGCUUUGGGAGAUGUGGCGAAAGUCAAUGCACUUAAUCAUAUUAAUGAACUUGCAGAAGCAGCAGCUAAAGCAAGUGAAGGACUUACAGAUGGUUAUGAUCACUAUACAGUUCGGGCAGAAUUAUGUAUGUUGAAUAAAGAAUACAAACGAGCGGAACAACUAUUCCUAGAAAAUGGUAAAAUAGAAGAAGAUAUGGCUAUGUGGGAAGAAAUGAAUCGUUUUGAUGAAAGCAUUAGUGUUGCUGAAGCUCGUGGUUGGCCAGAUUUGGCUAAUAAACGUGCCCAUUAUUAUAACUGGUUAAUGGAAACGGGUCAAUAUGAAAAAGCUGGAGAACAGAAGGAACAUGAUGGAAAAUAUAUUGAUGCUAUUAAUUUAUACCUUAGAGGUGGUACACCAGCACGUGCGGCAAAUGUUGUUUCAGUACAUAAUUUAAAACCAGAAUCUCAACUUUUAGAAGCUAUUGCAGCUGCACUUUUUAAGGCUCAAGUAUUUGAAAAGGCAGGAGACUUUUUUGAAAAACUUAAAAUGGAUGAACGGGCUAUUCAAGCAUAUAAGAAGGGACAUAUCUACAGUCGUGCGGUAGAAUUUGCUAAACGAGCACAUCCAGAGCAAGUGACAGAACUAGAAGAAGCUUGGGGAGAUUACUUGGUUUCACAGAAACAUGUGGAUCAAGCUAUUAAUCACUAUAUUGAAGCGAAAAAAUAUAGUAAAGCUGUUAAAGCUGCUAUUGAUUCACGACAAUGGAGUAAAGCUACAAAUAUUCUUGAAAGUCAAGUGGUUGGAGCGGAUAAUGAUCAGACUGUAAAAGGAUUCUAUAAAAAUAUUGCCCACCACUAUGAAGAAUUACAUCAAUACAGUGAUGCUGAGAAAUUUUAUAUUAAAGCUGGAUCUAUUAAUGAUGCUGUUGAAAUGUACAAUCGGGCUGGAAUGUCUGAUCAUAUGUAUCGUGUAGCCCAACGUCAUCUUUCACAACAACAACUUAUUGCUAUGUUUGUGGAUCAAGCAAAACAAUUGGAAGCUAAAGGAGAUUAUGCCGGAGCUGAACGUAUUUAUCUGAAAGUGGAUGAACCAGAUCAAGCUAUUGUCAUGUAUAAAAAGACCCGUGAUUAUACAAAUAUGAUUCGUCUCGUACAAGCCUAUCGUCCAGAUUAUUUACUGAAAACGCAUUUAUCUCUUGCUGCACAAUUUGAAAAAGAAAGUAACUUUAAAAUGGCAGAAACUCAUUAUGUAGCUGGAAAAGAUUGGGGACGUGCUGUUAAUAUGUAUCGGGAUCGAGAAAUGUGGGAAGAUGCUGUACGUGUGGCUAAAGUACAUGGUGGGGCGAAUGCCGCUAAACAAGUUGUACUUUCUCGUGCAAUGGUGAUUGAAGCCGAAGAUGGUGUACGACUUCUUAUGAAGUUUUCACUUGUGGAUGCGGGUAUUGAUGCGGCGCUGGAGGCUCAGAAAUUUGAAUUGGCAUUACAAUGGGCACAAUUGGCACAACCAGCGAAAUUACCAUAUGUUUAUCUUAAGUAUGCCAUGCAUUAUGAAGAUCAAGGAGAUUUUCGAAUGGCAGAAGAUGCUUUUCUUAAAUCUGGAAAACCACGUGAGGCUAUUGAUAUGUAUUUACAUCAACAUGAAUUUGAAAAUGCUAUGCGGGUAGCAGAGAAUUAUGAUCAAACGGCAAUUCCUACUAUUUUACAAGCAAAUGGUCGUGCUUGCUUUCAACAGGGUAAUUAUCGUGAAGCAGAAACAUUAUUUGUACGUGCAAAUGCUCCUGAAGCAUUAUUACGAAUGUACAUGGAUGGUCGUCUCUACACAGAAGCCCAAAGAGUGGCGAAGGAACAUUGUCCAGAGAUGUUAGGAGAAAUUGCGAAACGUAUUGCAUUACAAUCGAAUGAUCCAAAGAAAGCAGGUGCGGUAUUGGAAGAACAUGGAGAAUAUCAAAUGGCUGUGGAAACUUAUCUUGGUGCAACACCAGAGCAGGUAUCAGAUCCUAAUGUUUUGGCAAGUUUAUGGGUACGUGCAGUAAAGGUGGCACAAAAACAUGAUCGUAAUAUGCUUAAAGGAGUUUUACGUAUUGCUACAGGUAAAUUAAAAGAUGCACAUAGAUAUGUGGAAGCCGGUAAAUGUUUAGAAGAUUGUGAAGAUUAUAAAGGAGCUAUUAAUAUGUAUGUUCAUGGUAAGAAAUUUGAUCUUGCUGAAUAUUUAGCCAAACGUAUUAGUCCAGAACUAGAAGAUUAUGUAAAACGUGCUAUUGUACAAGAUAGUAUUGAAAGUGGAGGUAUGAAAGAUGCGAAAGUGGUGGAAGAAAUUGAUCCAGAAGCGGCACUUAAGGCUUAUAUUACCAAUAAUGACUGGGAUAAUGCUAUUCGUAUGGCAAAACAACGUACAGCAGAAGAAAUGAAAUAUGUAGCAGGUUUAAGAAUGAAAUAUCAUGUUAAUAAAGGUGAAAUGGCUCAGGCACUUGAUGUGGUAGAAGAAUUACCCCUUGAUACUGGUGAUUUCCGCUUUUAUGAAGUUUGGGUAGAAAUGGCUGAACGACUUGUUAAAGUACUUCCACUUCAAUCUGAAAGCAAUUUGAAAUUGGAUAAAUUUCAUACAAGUUUUAUAAAUGUUGCCGAAAGUAUGGCUACAUCUGGACAGAAACCAGAAGAUGUGACAAAGGCAAGAGCACUUGCACACGUUGUUCACAUUUACUAUAUGGCUCCUCGUAUGUUAGAAUUAUCAUUAAAUGACUAUGCAUUAAAACUUAUGCUUGGACUUCCACGAUGGAUUCCUUAUAUUGCCCCUGAACAAGCCUUUUAUGAUGCUGGUAUGGCAGCGAAGAAGGCCGAAUCUGAUAACUUGGCUUUCCUCUACCUUAACCGUUUCCUUGAUAUUUGUGAAAAAAUUGAAGAUGGCGCCUUGGAUAGUACCGCUAUUGAUAACGAAGACUUUGACUGUACGGACUUUCCCAAGAAAUACCCCCUACCGCGAACCUCCUCCAUUGGAAAGGAGGCGGAGGAGGAGGUGAAUAAGUGGGUGUUGGCCGUCUCGAUUGAGAGCAACCUGGACGCCCACCUCCCCACCAUCAUGGACCCGCAGAAUCAGGUGGAGAUGUUUGAGGGGGCGCUGCAGUCGCCGGCCGGGGCGGUCUUCCCGGAGUGUGCGGUGACGGGGUACCCGAUCGUCGGCGGCGGCCUCACGAAGUGCCGGAGUUGUCAGCGGCCGGCCAAUCAGGAGGACUGGAAUCGAUAUAUUGUGUUGGGGAAGAACUGUCCAUGGUGUGGGGCCGCGGAGUCACCGGAUUUUAAAUUGUAG